AUGUCUCAGGAAUCCGGCAUCACGCUUUACACGACUCAGACGCCUAAUGGCAUCAAGAUCUCCAUUACCUUGGAGGAGAUAGGCAUCCCCUACAAAGUCGAAAAAAUCGAGAUAUCCAAAAACACACAAAAAGAAGACUGGUUCCUCGCCAUCAACCCCAACGGCCGCAUCCCCGCCUUGACCGACACCUUCACCGACGGGCAGCCGAUCCACCUCUUCGAAUCAGGCAGCAUAAUGCAGUACCUGGUCGAGCGCUACGACACGGAUUACAAAAUCAGCUUUGCUAAGGGUACCCGCGAAUGGUACGAAAUGAACAACUGGCUGUUUUUCCAAAACGCCGGCGUCGGCCCCAUGCAAGGGCAAGCCAAUCAUUUCACGCGAUACGCUCCGGAGCAUAUCGAGUACGGUGUAAACAGGUACCAGACUGAGACGCGCCGUCUCUACUCUGUGCUGGACAAGCAUCUUGCUUCCGACAACAGGCCCUACCUGUGCGGAACCAAGUGCACCAUUGCCGAUAUUGCCCACUACGGUUGGGUUGCCGCAGCCGGAUGGGCCGGUAUCGAUAUUGACCGCUUCCCAGCACUCAAGGCCUGGGAAGAGCGCAUGACGUCAAGGCCUGGUGUAGAGAAAGGCCGUCACGUGCCUGACCCUCACACCAUCAAGGAAACGCUCAAGAACAAGGCCAAGUUGGAGGAGAAGGCUGCCCAAAGUCGGGAGUGGGUGCAGGCCGGCAUGAAGGAUGAUGCCGAGAAGCAGAAAUAGACAGUAGAUACGCGCUCAUGUACACACGGGAUCUUCGUUCCAAGGACUUUCCGACAUUGGCUUGGUGCAAACGGCGAACAUUCUAGUGUUGUACUUUUGAAAUUUGGUUGCUAGCUGAAAAAAAAGGUGUUUCGGAUGUGUGUUUCCGGCAAGGUCUGUUACACAAAAC